AUGAGCAAUAGUAUUCAAGAGGAGACUGCGAUUCUAUUCCAGGAUACAAAUAUAUAUCUGCUUGACAUCCCACAUUCAAUUGCGCUCGCGCAACAAUGGAGGCCAACACCACACCAACAACCAGCCCCAGAAUCCGGUUCAGGAACAGAAAAGAGCAUACGCAGAAAAACACUGAACCUACUUUCAUGCUCACCUAUUAAAGAGCCAUUCCCCUCUACCGAGCCUAAAAAGCCAGCUGCUCUCGCCAGGCUUCUCGACACCAUUCCUAUCUCUGAGAGGCGGUUCCACUCGGAACUGAUACUGCCACUCGUAAGGGAUUCCCUCGAAGUUAUCAAGGAUGGAUUUUCCCAUGAUCGCCGAUGGUGCGAGGCUCGAGCUGUGCCUAGUGAAUCUGAGCCUCACGAUAGCACAGCGCCGAAUCAGCAUCCACGGAAGCGCCGGAGGGGAAACGAUUGUACGCCCUCAGAGUCUGCGUCAGAUAGCCAUGUCUCGACUAAAUAUGAACCACCAAUGAUUCUAUCGACUACCUCACCGAAUGACUUUGAGACCUUAUCAGAUCUUGCCAUCGUCAAGAAUCCAUCACCAGAGCCCGCGAUACUCAGGGUUGGAAGCGAGCACGGCGAGGAGACAAAUCCCCCAUCUGAAUACAUCAUUCCCCCGGAGUCGAGCUUUGCGCUUUGUACACUUCCUCUAUUUGAAGCCGAAGUCGACCGUCCAUCUACAUCCAAUAACUACCCCAUCCCCGGACUUCCCCAUCACCAGAAAUUCAACCUCAUCCUCAUGGAUCCGCCCUGGCCAAACAAAUCCGUGCGACGCAGCAAGCACUACCAAACACAUCACUAUUCCGAGAUGGAUGUGCUUACUGAAGGGUUACGAGAUAUACUCCCCGCGAUAUGGAUCACGAACGCAGAAAAGUCCCGACGAGCAGCAUACGGGGCAUUGAGCGGAGCGGGCUUUUCUAUCUGCGAGGAAUGGAUCUGGGUCAAGACUACGUGGGACGGACAACCGAUUUCACAACUGGACGGUCUUUGGCGAAAACCGUAUGAGAUCCUUGUCAUUGGCCGCAAGAGUGACCAUAAUGUCAAUGCCGAUAUCAACGCUAACGCUAACGGUGACGCGGACAAUAUACCACCCCUGUCUCAGAUGGAUGAUCUGACACAGGUGAGUGAGGCCAUUCCAACGAGACGAGUCAUCGCUGCGGUUCCGGACUUGCAUUCUCGAAAACCGAACUUGAAAUCUAUUUUUGAGGAUGUGUUUUUCACGGAUGUUGGGCAGCUCCAGGAGUAUUCUGCUCUCGAGGUGUUUGCGCGCAAUUUGACGGCUGGUUGGUGGGCUGCUGGUAAUGAGGUUCUCCGGUUCAACGCUCGUGAGUGCUGGGUCGAUCUUGCGGGUGAGAGGGAUACAGACCUACAUGAAUAUGCAUAA